UUUCACAAUAUUAAUCCCAUUUUCCAGCACUGAACAUUCUCUUCACAACCUUCAUCAUUCUCUCAUGGCUUCCACUACUGCUCAUAACAUUGGAACAUCACAAAACGAAAUGGUCGUCGAGAUUCCCAACCACACAAAUGGAACAACUCUGCCAAACCCUAAGCCCAGCCUACCCACCAUUGGAGAAAAUCCUAACAAGGACGACGACACAGACUACUCUCAGAGGGGUCAAUGGCUUCGCGCCGCCGUGCUGGGAGCCAACGACGGGCUCGUCUCCGUCGCCUCCAUCAUGAUGGGCGUCGGAGCCGUGAAGGAAGACAUCGCAGCGAUGCUUCUCUCCGGAUUCGCAGGGCUAGUCGCCGGAGCUUGCAGUAUGGCGAUAGGAGAGUUCGUGUCCGUGUACACACAGUACGACAUAGAGAAAGAACAGCUCAAAAGAGAAUCAAAAAACGAAGAAGAAGAAGAUGAAGAGAAGAAGGAGCUGGAAAAGCUUCCAAGUCCUUAUCAAGCAGCAUUAGCAUCAGCACUAGCAUUUUCGGUCGGAGCUGUGGUUCCAUUGCUGGGAGCUGUGUUCAUAAGGAAUUAUAGGGUUAGGUUAGGCGUGGUUGCCGCAGUGGUGAGCUUGGCCUUGCUCGUGUUCGGGGGCGUAGGAGCUGUUCUUGGUAACACUUCUGUUAAGAAAUCAUGCAUUAGGGUUCUUAUCGGAGGUUGGACCGCCAUGGCCAUAACUUUCGGCCUCACCAAGUUGAUCGGAGCCACUGGACUUUGAAUAUAUAUAUAUAUAUAUAUAUCAGUAACAAGUAACAACUAGGUUUAAAUCUGAUAGCUCUAUGCCGACCAUCAAGUUCAAGAUAAUAAAUGCGCAAUUCAUAUGGGGUCCAACUUGUCUUUAAGGCCGAAAAAAAUCCUAGAGACGAACCGUGCCUGUGAUCAUAUAUAUUGCAUGAAGGCAAGUGUGUGAGGUUAUAAUUAGAAUGAGUGUGUAAACUUUUAUUAAUAAUAAUAACGAAAGAAUGAGUGUCUAAACUAGGAAGCUUUUAAUAUUAUAUUGAUAUGGUUGUGUUCUCUGUUUUGAUGUUGUUGUUAAUCAUGUAUAACAAAUCGCUUGAGUGCUUUCAAUAUUGGGUGCUUUGUAAAAUGAUGAAUUCAAGUGUGUGUUAUAUAUAGUAUGGAAAUCUGGGUUAACUUGCCUGGUUGAAUCAUUAAA